AUGGACAACAAAACAGGUAGCAAUGAAAAUAAUAUUGACUAUUACAACAACUUUAUCAUAUUCAACUUUUAUCAUCUAAAUCGUGCUUUUUUAACAACGGUUAUCUUCAUUUGGUCUGUCUAUUUUGUUCUUUCCCGGCCUGCACAAACUCAACAACCUCCCGUAAUCAAAUGUAUUAUAAUAAGCUCGCGUGGUAUUGGAAUAACUUUAUUAUUUAUUUCAAUGGCUUUAGAAAUUAUCGCCGAACUAAUAGCAUUUGGAAAUAGUAACUUUAAUACUUCAACCAACAUAUUAACUGGUACUCCAUUAAUUGCUACAUUGAUUUUAUGGAACUCUGCUUUGGCACUUAAAUCUGUUGCUUUAUUCAUCGCACUUACACGUUAUGCACCACUCACAAAAACUCUUUCGAAAGAACCAAUAAUGCCAAAAUUUCAGUAUUCAUGUUGUAAUUGUUUUAAUCUUAUUAGUGGAUUGAUAGUAUAUCCAGUACUUUACGCUGUUAUAAUUAUUUCCAUUUCAAGAUGGGAAACUGCCUUGGCUAUGUCUCAACUUUUCUUCCUAUUUCAACUUAUAAUAGCAGAAAUAAUGUUUAUCAUAUUAAAUAAGCGUAUGAGUAUGGCAUUGGAUGAAGGUUUACUAGUAGGAAGAAAUGCAAUUCUACAAGUGCGAAAACUUCGUUCAAGAAAUUGGUUUAUUAUAGUUUUUAUAUUUAUGGAAAUUUGUUCAAUAUCCGUUUAUACCGUUGAUUACUUUACAAAAAAUGUUAUUCGAACAAAUUUUGCUGCGACAGUAUUUCUUUUUGGAAUAAUGAGCAUAAGUUCGGCACUUUUAUUCGGCGCCAUAGCACUCAUAUUAUGUCCUGUGUCUCCACAUUCUCGAUUUUCUUGUGAAGGAACAACAACAAAUUCCACGAUAACAUACCAUGUAGCAAAUCACAGCCAUAGCUUAAAUAAUAUUAAUAAUUUUCCUAAUUAUGUAACAGACAAAGAGAGAGAAGAAAACAAUAAUCAUGUAUCACAUUCUCAACCAUCAACAUCAACAAGAGGAUUCACAUCAUUUCGUUUAAAAAAUUAUUUCCAAAAAUACAAUCAUUCCGAACCAUUAUCAUUUAUAUUUCCAAAGCGGUCAUCACAAAUAACUUUAGAUCAAAAUCAAAUAAAUAAAGAUAAUCCCGAAGAUCAUUCUUGUGCCUCUUCGAUCAACGAUAAGUCAAAUAAAAGGUUUAGUACUAAUAGUGCUAUAAUCAUUAAUAAAAUUAUCGUUCAUAAGCAAGAAAGUUCGGAAAAUCCUCAAGAAAUCAAACCACUUGAAAGUGUUAUCCUGGCUUCAUAA